AUUAAACAAGGAAGAGGGUGGUUUGUUUACACGAUGAAGUUGAUUUUAAAACAGUUUAAGAACUUAGAUGGGUAAUGUUUUAGCUAACAAACUGGAGUGAUUUGAUGCAGUUUGAACAUGGAAUGCUGUGGUUGUAAAUUGGCAAGCUAUCUAGGUAGUUCAACGUUAAUCUCAAUGCCCCACAGCCACUAGCUAGCUAGCUCAUUAGGUAGAGUUUUUGCAUCACGGAUUUGAGAAUAUAGUUGCUAGCGGAAGGUAUAUUUUGUAUUUACUACACAGUGAGCUUGCCAUGCUACCCAGCUAAUAAAGGCUGCAAUGUUUGCUGUCAUUUCACUCCACUGUAAUGAAAUUAAUUUGCCAGAUGGUAGCCAGUCUAUCGAGUGUCAAAACAACGAUUCUUGAAGGGGAGAAUGACUAGUUUACACCACGACAUCAACGUAAAACGUGUGUCUUCACGCAAAAGAUCAAGAGACAGCCUGAGAAAUCAUCUGACGCCGGCUAAGAAAGGGGGCGGACAAUGGGUGCACGACCAAGGGGAUGCAGAAGGGAAAGAACAACCCAUAGUUAGAACUGAAUGCAAGCUCAGCGAGUACUGUAGUGACAACGAGGAUCUCUUUGGAGACUAUGACAGUAUUGUUGGGGAUAGCUCCUUCUUGGCCAAACUUGAGGAUGUGGAGCUCGACAUGGUACAGCACAGAUCUAGUUGUACGCACGAAAGAGAUCCUGCUUUGGAGAAGUAUCCAAAUGUAGAACAGCUGGCGGAAUACCAAGAGCAGGACUUCACUGCUCUGAGGACAGCUGACCACCUGAAACAAGCACAUAAGGAGGCUCUCAGUGAUUAUAACUCCCUGUCAGAUUUAAGGGAGGAGUCAUUUGAGGACCUGCCAAGCUCCCAGAUUGCAUUUCAGCAAGACAUUCUGAAGAGAGCUGAGGUGAAGCAGAAGGGGAGCAACACCUCUAGUCCUGUCGUGAAAAAUGGAAGGAUUUGUGUUACUCCUGAGGGCAAAAGGGAGAAGCAGGUAGCCGACGCCGUUCCCAAGCCAAGGAGGAGCAUGACGGAGCAGUUGAAGAGAGCGAUGUUGGGAAAUGCCGCCACAUCCUCACCAAGCAUCUCCAGAUUGGCUGUUCAGAAGGAGGCAGUAGUGACUGAAGAGAUCAGUGUUGCUGUGCAGGCCAUGGAAUCUGUCUAUACGGAGACUGACCUUGGUCCCUUUUUUGGUCUCCCCAGCAAAGUGAAGGACCUGAUCUCCAAGCUGCGAGGAAUCAAAGAUCUGUAUGAGUGGCAGAAGACAUGUCUGACCCUGGACUCAGUGCAGCAGAGGAGGAACCUGAUCUACUCGCUGCCAACCAGCGGAGGGAAGACUCUGGUGGCAGAGAUCCUGAUCCUCAAAGAGCUGCUGUGCAGAAAGAAGGAUGCACUGUUCAUCCUCCCUUAUAUCUCCCUGGUGCAGGAGAAGGUGCGAGGGCUUGCCAGCUUUGGCCUCGAGUUGGACUUCCUGGUAGAGGAGUAUGCAGGAAGCAAAGGAAAGUUCCCUCCAGUCAAGAGGAGGGCCAACAAUUCCCUGUACAUUGCAACAAUUGAGAAAGGACACAGCCUGGUCAACUCCCUGGUGGAAACUGGACGACUGGACAGCAUUGGCCUGGUGGUUGUGGAUGAGUUGCACAUGCUGGGUGAUGGAAAUAGAGGGGCAAUCCUUGAAAUGACCCUCACAAAAGUUCUGUAUGUCAGCAGAGACACUCAGAUUAUUGGAAUGAGUGCUACUCUUGGAAAUACUGGAGACCUGAAGACGUUUCUGAAGGCAGACAAUUAUACCAAUGACUUCAGACCCGUCCAGCUGAAGGAAUAUGUGAAGCUGAGGGAUAGCAUAUAUGAAGUCAACCCUAUCGAAGAGGAGUGCUUCAGGCUUUCACGGCCUUUAAAUUUCAAAUACUCUGCCAACAUGCAGAAGAUCGACCCAGACCACAUCAUUGCCUUGGUGACAGAGGUGAUACCAAUGCAUUCCUGCUUGGUGUUCUGUCCUACCAAGAAGAACUGUGAGAAUGUGGCAGUGAUGAUCUGCAAGUACCUGAAGAAAGAAUUUUUGGCCCACAAAGAGGGGGAAAAGGCCGUGCUGCUGGAGGAGCUGAGGGCCAGCGGGAACGGAUCCUUGUGCCCUGUCCUGCAGAGGACUGUGCCAUACGGCCUGGCCUACCACCACAGCGGCCUGACGAGUGACGAGAGGAAGCUGGUGGAGGAGGCCUACUCUUCCGGUGUUCUGUGCCUCCUCACCUGCACCUCCACGCUGGCCGCCGGGAUCAACCUGCCUGCACGCAGGGUGAUUCUGCGCUCCCCCUACGUGGCCACAGACUUCCUUAAGAGGAGCCAGUACAAACAGAUGGUGGGCCGAGCCGGGCGAGCAGGCAUUGACACAUCAGGCGAGAGUAUACUGAUCCUACAAGAAAAGGACAAGCUCAUGGCAAAACAGCUUUUGUCCUCACCGAUGGAGAGAUGUUACAGCAACCUUAUGCAUGACAACGGCAAAGGCAUACAGAGCCUUAUCCUGUCCCUCAUUGGGCUAAAUAUAACAAAGAGUCUGGUGGACAUUAAGGAGUUCAUGUCCUUCACUCUGCUCAGUGUACAAGAGGCACAUAUCUGUCAGGAGAAAAGCCUUUGGGACAUUACUCAAGAGUCUGUGCAGUUCCUGAAACAGAAGGGACUCAUCUCGGUCUCUACUGAUCUCGGGAGCAGCACUGUUCUCACAAUCACCAAGCUAGGAAAAGCCACUUACAAGGGUUCGAUAGAUUUGACCUACAGUGACACCUUGUAUAAAGACUUGUUGAAAGGACUGGAGAGUCUGGUGCUGAACAGCUUUCUACACCUGAUCUAUCUGGUAACGCCGUAUGACAUGGUCUCACAGUGCAAACCUGACUGGAUGGUCUAUUACAGACAGUUCUCAAUGCUGUCUGCCUCAGAGCAGAAGAUGUCUGCCUUUGUGGGCGUCCCGGAGAGCUUUGUGGCACGAAAGGCAGCUGGUCAGAGUGUAAAGAAGACAGUGGACACAGUGGUGGUGAACAGACUCUACCUGGCCCUGGUGCUGUUUUCCCUGCUGAAGGAGACUGACCUGUGGAGUGUUUCAGACAAGUUUCAGCUGCCCAGGGGCUUCAUUCAGAACCUGCUGAGUUCCUCCUCUGCCUUCAGCUCCUGUGUGCUGCACUUCACGGAGGAACUGGAGGAGUUCUGGGCUUACAAGGCUCUCUUGACGGAGCUGACCCGGCGCCUCACCUACUGUGUGCAGCCUGAGCUUAUCCCUUUGAUGGAGGUGGCCGGAGUUUUGGAGGUACGAGCCAAGCAACUGUACAAAGCUGGUUACAAGACACUUGCACAUUUGGCCAACGCUGACCCUAACCUGCUCGUCCGCUCUGUGCAGAACCUCUCCAAGAGACAAGCCAAACAGAUUGUGGCAUCUGCCAAAAUGCUGUUGACUGAAAAGGCUGAAGCUCUCCAGGAGGAGGUGGAUGACUUGUUGACCUUGCCCCUCGAUCUCCCUUCAUCAUAAAAACUGCUGUGCGGUGUAUUUAUUAUUAACAAUUUUAUUAUUCCUAUUGUUAUUUUAUGUAUAUAAAACAUUGUAUCUGUAAUAUGAAAUGCUACAUGCAACAAAUAAA